AAGCCUUCAUCUUCUUCACGACUCUGCUCAGUCCUCUGUGCCCCCCUUCUCUCUAUCUCUACCUGAGAAAAUGGCCUCAAUUGCCCUCAAGACCUUCACCGGACUCCGGCAGAGCUCCGAAAAGACCCCCCAUUUCGCCGUCCAGAGGCCCACAAAGACCCACUUCCAGAAGGCCCGCAUAGUCGCUUCCAAGACCAGCCCGAAGCUAGGCAACCGCAACCUCCGGGUGGCGGUAAUCGGGGGCGGCCCCGCCGGGGGCUCGGCGGCGGAGACACUGGCGAAGGGUGGCGUGGAGACCUUCCUCAUUGAGCGGAAGCUCGAUAACUGCAAGCCCUGUGGUGGCGCCAUCCCACUCUGCAUGGUCGGGGAGUUCGACCUGCCGCUCGACAUUAUCGACCGUAAAGUGACGAAGAUGAAGAUGAUUUCUCCGUCGAACGUGGCGGUCGAUAUCGGGCGGACCCUGAAGCCGCAUGAGUAUAUCGGGAUGGUGAGGAGGGAGAUCCUCGAUGCUUACCUCAGAGACAGGGCAGCCGAGAAUGGAGCUAAGGUGAUUAAUGGACUGUUCCUGAAAAUGGACUUACCGGGAGACCGCAAUGCACCGUACUUGCUGCAUUACACCGAGUACAACGGGACUAAAGGUGGGGUCGGCGAGAAGAAGACAUUGGAAGUUGAUGCUGUGAUUGGGGCCGAUGGGGCGAACUCUAGGGUCGCGAAGUCCAUCGGCUCUGGGGAUUAUGAAUAUGCUAUUGCAUUUCAGGAAAGAGUGAGGAUCCCAGAGGAUAAGAUGGCCUACUACGAGAACCUUGCUGAGAUGUAUGUAGGGGACGACGUCUCCCCCGACUUCUAUGGCUGGGUCUUCCCGAAGUGUGACCACGUGGCUGUGGGGACGGGCACAGUAACCCACAAGGGCGACAUCAAGAAGUUCCAACUAGCUACACGAAACCGCGCCAGGGACAAGAUCAUGGGUGGACAGAUCAUCCGAGUGGAGGCCCACCCCAUCCCAGAACACCCCCGGCCUCGUCGACUUUCGGGACGGGUGGCCCUGGUUGGGGACGCUGCUGGGUAUGUGACCAAAUGCUCUGGGGAAGGGAUCUACUUCGCGGCCAAGAGUGGGAGGAUGUGUGCUGAGGCGGUCGUGGAAGGAUCAGAGAAUGGGAAGAGGAUGGUGGAGGAGAGCGACCUGAGGAAGUACUUGGAGAAGUGGGACAAGACCUACUGGCCCACUUAUAAGGUGCUUGACCUUCUCCAGAAGGUUUUUUACCGAUCGAACCCCGCAAGGGAAGCGUUCGUGGAAAUGUGUGCGGAUGAGUAUGUGCAGAAGAUGACAUUCGACAGUUACUUGUACAAGACGGUCGUACCUGGGAACCCAUUGGAGGAUCUGAAGCUGGCUGUUAAUACGAUCGGGAGCUUGGUGAGGGCAAAUGCCCUGAGGAGGGAGAUGGAGAAGCUUAGCUCAUAGAAGUGAAAAUAGCGCGUAACCUCUUUUGUGCUGAGGAUCUGUUUAAAUCGUGUUUCCUUCUCGCCUGUACGAGAUUGAUUCGAAGCGAUGUUGUUGAUGCAUCAAAAGAGAGAUGUAGUUUGUAAUUCAUGCACUAAAAGAUAGUUUGUUCCUCUGGGCAAUAUUUCUGCAUCGGUUCUGUCAUGACAUAGCAAUAUCUAAGCAUCAAAUUAUGUA